AUGAAAUUCAUGGAGAGUAGGAACAACGUGACAGAGUUUGUUCUUCUGGGGCUUACAGAAGAUCCAAAAAUGCAGAAAAUCGUAUUCGCUGUGUUUUUUGUCAUCUACACCGUCACUGUGGUGGGAAAUGUGCUCAUUGUGGUCACCAUCACUGCCAGCCCAUUGGUGGCAUCCCCCAUGUACUUUUUCCUGGCUUAUCUCUCUAUUAUUGAUACUUGCUAUUCAUCUGUCACCACCCCUAAACUGAUUGUAGAUUCAGUCCAUAAAAAGAAGACGAUUCUAUUUAGUGGUUGUAUGACACAAAUCUUCGGAGAACAUCUCUUUGGAGGUACUGAGAUUAUCCUUCUUACUGUGAUGGCUUAUGACCGCUAUGUAGCCAUCUGCAAACCCUUGCAUUAUACAACCAUCAUGAAUCGAAGAGUGUGUGGUUUUCUAGUAGGAGUCUCAUGGAUGGGAGGCUUUCUUCAUUCUACCAUACAGAUCCUUUUUAUAUUUCGAUUACCCUUCUGUGGCCCUAACAUCAUAGAUCACUUUAGUUGUGAUCUAAAUCCUUUGCUCAAUCUUGCCUGUACUAAUACCCACAUUCUAGGGCUCUUUGUUGCAGCCAACAGUGGGUUCAUCUGCCUGCUCAACUUUCUCCUUUUGCUGCUUUCCUAUGUGGUCAUCUUGUACUCCCUAAGAACCCAGAGCUCAGAGGGGAAACGCAAAGCCCUCUCAACUUGUGCUUCCCAUAUCACAGUGGUCAUCUUAUUUUUUGUGCCCUGCAUAUUUGUAUACAUGAGACCACCUGAACCUUUGCCUAUUGACAAAGCAGUUACUGUGUUCUAUACCGCCAUCACUCCCAUGUUAAAUCCUUUAAUCUAUACCUUCAGAAAUGCCCAGAUGAAAAGUGCCAUUAUGAAACUUUGCAGUAGGCAAGCUAUUUCAGCUGACAAAUAA